AUGCACGCCGCCGCCGUAUCCUCCGCUAAAACCAUCCGCGGUGUCUCCGUCGCCCGCGUCGCCCUCAAAAACGCGCGCGCGCACACCCGUUCGCGCGUCGUCGACGUCCGAGCGGCGAAGAAGGAAAUAAUCGCCACCGAUAAGUCCCCAGCCGCGCUCGGACCGUACUCGCAAGCGGUCAAGGUUGGAAACACGGUGUACGUGAGCGGACAAAUCGGCCUCACGCCCGCGAUGGAGUUCGCGGGAAGCACGGUGGAGGAACAGACGGAACAGGUGAUGAAGAACAUGGGCGAGGUGCUCAACGCCGCGGGCGCGACGUUCGACGACGUCGUGAAGUGCACGAUCAUGAUCGCCAACAUGGACGAUUUCAAGACCGUCAACGGGAUCUACGGUAGUCGAUUUCCGGGUGAGAAUCCUCCGGCGCGAGCGACGCUCGCGGCGAAGUCUCUGCCGCUCGGCGCGUUGGUCGAGAUCGACGCCGUCGCCGUCAUCGGCUAA